UUUGUCGCUCUGAUUUCAGCCGUCUUCUCAGUUCUUACCAAUUCACCAACAACCUUCUCUCUCUUCCUCUCUCCCCCUGAAAAUAAGAGAUUUUCAUUGUCGAAUUCAGCAUUUCUUCUCUGCAAUUCAUUUACUAGACGGAAUCAAGGCAGAAGCGGUUUGGAAGCAUAAAAAAUGGUUGGAUUAACGAUUCGGUUGAAGAAAAAAAAGCCAGAAUGGCUGGAGUUGCUUCUGAAGAGCAAAUUCUUCGGUCCUUGCUUCGAUCAUCAAGACCUCAAGAAGAACGAGAUGAAUGUGUACUGUGUCAACUGUAACCAAUGCGUCUGCCAGCACUGCCUCUCCUCUUCAGCACAUUACCUUCAUGUACUACUUCAGAUCCGCAGAUAUGUCUAUAACGACGUCGUCCGCCUCCACGACAUGCAGAAACACCUUGACUGUUCUAAAGUUCAGCCAUAUACAAUUAAUGGCGCAAAGGUCGUAUUUCUGAAUCCACGGCCACAAUCCAAGCCUUCCAAAUCGACUAGUGGCGUCUCCUGUUUGGCCUGCGAGAGAGGUUUAACAGAACCAAAUUGCUUCUGUUCUAUCGCUUGCAAGGUUUCAAUUUCAAUGGCGAAACAGAAUUCAAGGAGGGACCAGAGCCCGCCAUAUCUCACCUUCCCAAUUCCGGAAUUCAGUGAUUUAUCAGCUAAACAAAAUCAAAACUUGGAACCUAAUCUGAAAGAAGACGAGUCAUCGAAUUUGACAACCGAGUCAAGCGAGGAGAACAAUCAUCAAAUAUCCUGGUUCAAUUCAGCAUUGAAGCCAAUGAGGCAAUUGCAUAAAAGGAAAAGCACCCCCCGGAGAGCUCCUCUGUUCUAGACUCCCACAUUUUUUAUUUUCUUCAUUUCAAGCUUUUUUUUUCAGUGGCAAUAGUAUUAUAUAUAAUUCAGAGAAGGAAAUCACUCUCAAGCUGGAACCCAACACAUUGUGCUUCACCAUUGUCGAGUAGAGAUGUAGGUUGUUUGUACAGCGUUAGGAAGGCCGGGGGGGAGGUGGAGAAUGGUGGUGGGUAUUCGGAAAUUUUUUUUUUCUUUCUCUUUUCGGGUAGCGUAGGAAAAGAAGUUGUGUAUGAGAGAUGAAUUAUUCCCUUGUUUAAUAAAGAAAAUCCUGUUGAUUUUGCUUCUUCAAAUACUUUUUUGAGUAUUAAUUAAGAAGUGUUUGGAUGUAGACGGGUCUGAAUGAUUCGUCGCUUUUGUCUUGUUAUGACAUGGAAAUAUGUGAUGUGGGGAAGAGUGGAGACUGUGGAAAGGCUUUCGUUCAUCGCGGAUUGUGAGUGUUGUCGCGAUCUUUGUCGGUCGGCCGUGUGAUAAAAAAAUAAUUGAUGGCGCUUCUCGGUCUUUUGGCUGAUAUGUCGGAAAGGAAUGGAGUCCAACCCAGUAGUAUUAAUUUAAG